UGUCAGCGUGUCAACCGUGCUGCCAUACUUGGUGUCCGGACUCCUGGUGUGCUUCGUAGAUUUCGCGACAGUGGCCGGCUUCCUCUUUCCCCUUUAAUGCAGCGGUCCUCCAGACUGGCCCCGACAAACAAAGACGAGUGAGCUCUCUAUCGGAUGCUAAAGGAUCUCCUCAACCGCGCUUUCCACUUCUGGCUGAAACAACAGCACCACUGUGAUGAUCCUGAAUCGAUCUGUCAUUUUGACACAGAUGAUCACAGAGGCUGGGACUCAUCAGUGCUUCCCGCGUUCAAUGAUAUGCAGCAGUUUUGUUCACACCCAGAGCAAGAGUGUUCAAGAUGCUCAAGGACCACGGAGAGUGCCUGACUGUUAACUUCACAAGAACUGGCAUAACCGACGUGUGGCACCGGAUGUACCAGAAGGAACAAUGGAGGCCCUACCUUCCCGACUUGAGAGCAGCCUUCGCAGAAAGGUUCUGCUUCGACAGUCCAGUGGAUGAAGAGGAGUUGAUGGAACGUGAGAAAAAGGCUUUGACUUACGCUGGGCUGAAUUUAAUAUCCUGCAGAGCUUACAGAAGCCAAUGGAUUCUCCCUAGUGUGAACGCAUGUGUUGAUUUGUACGUGCCCUUGUUCAAAAUGAAUGCCAAGAUUCCUGAAGAAAAACAAAAUGAUUUUGUUGACGCCUUCAAAUCCACGAUUUACGAGGUAUCGGGCACAACAGCUGGACGCGUUGCGUUCAAUUAUGACAUCAUUGUCACACACUCUCAGAAAACAUUCCCCAUUAGCUUGCUGUUUAUGCAGAAAUCCAUAACACGAGGAAACAAGAGGAACCUUUGAAACAGUGAAAGACACGCUCGUGGAAUGUGUGCAUGUUGUAGUGGGACUCCCAGACAAAAAGCAACCGUACUGUACGCAUACACCAGUCAGAUCCCCGCUGAGUGUAAGGGAAAUGAGAAGUCCAACAAAGUAUUCUCCAGCUCCAAAUAUUUCAAACCCUCACGCUGUUGUUCUUCAGUGAUGAGAAAAUCUAACGUAACCAGCGCCUGUAGGCGUUUUUAGUUAUUUAAUAGUUUUCAAGCAAGGUUCAAAUACACUUAAUUAAUGUAGGCCUUGGCAAUAGAUAAAGGUAGCUGUCCUUGUGGAUUGGUUCAAAUUAUUAUCACCCGCUUACUGUGCCGAAAUUCGAAAAGAAGCCGCCACCUAUAUCCAAUUUUUUUUCUCCAGGAUAACAUUCUCAUUCCCACUAAUUAAGUGGGUAAAAAGCGCGUAGUGCCCCAUAAUCAUCCUGCAUUCUUCGUAUUGUUGCCGAAAGUCAAACACCACCAGAAAGCUCUGUCUGUUUGCACUGUUGACGCAAACACUGCAAACCUUUGUCCGGCCAAACCUAGAAUAUGCUAGCGCGAUUUUCGACCCUCACCACAUUAACCUCACUUACGCCCUCGAAUCUGUCCAGAACCGUGCGGCACGGUUUAUACUAUCUAACUAUUCAUACACAUCAAGCAUCUCGGUACUGAAAGCAGAGAUUAACUUAUCCGAUCUGGCUAAGCGCCGCAAAAUCGCACGCCAUAACCUUUAUAAUAAAUUCUUCCAUUCUUUGCCCUUAGAUAACCCAUACAUCAGAAGAGCCCACCGCAUUUCCCGCAUCAGUCACUGUAACGCAGUAUAUUUACCACAAGCCCAUACUGUGACCUUUCAGCAAUCGUUUUUCCUGCGCACAGCCCAAGACUGGAAUGACCUGCCCACCGAAGUCGCCACCAUCAUCGACACCCAAGCAUUUAAACGGCUCAUCGAAACUAUCCUAUCAUAACUGCCAUUAUAUUGUUAGCCUUUGUAAUACCCACUCCCUCAUGUAAUAUCCCAACCGGGACCUUUGAGGUAAUAAAAUGAAUGAGUGAAUGAAUGACGCUUCGAACAGGCCCCUGGAGUUGUGUGUGCUAGAAAAAUUGCUACUCUGUAUGUCUUGUCAAGGCUAGCGACGAGCACCUGCGAAAUUUAA